AGUUCUAUAAGUUUUUAUUCAAUUUUUUUUUGCGAAACUAGGUUAACAUAUAUACUUUGUAAAUUGUUCAUUGGAUUUUUAUAUUUAGUAGAGCAUCUAUGUUUUAUUCUGGAAUCGGUAUUGGCUAAUAAUUGAUUCUUAUAUGGAUAUAGGAAUCAUAACUGUGGGACCAUGUUCAAAUUAAAGUUUUCAGCAAGUUUUAUCAAUAAAUUUGCACGGAAAAGUUAUUGUGACCUAAAUAUCUGCUAAGUGUUGACUCCGUGACCUACAUUUUGAUUCUUUGUCUUCGUAUUAUGGGAAGUUGUAUUAUCCAUAUCAUGGCUUUGGUGAAGUCAAAAUUACAUACAACAAGCUGAUAAUGGCUGAGUGUGAGCGAACCGUACAGCCACAUUCAAGAAGGACUAGUAAAAAUGAUAAAGAAAGGCUUACAUUCAGUGGAAAUUUUGCAGAAAGUGGUUGUCACUUUGAUAUAACGGCAGACAGAGAAAGUAUGCGGCAAGAUAUAUUAAAUGCUGUUAUGAUGAAAACACAGUCCCACAUAGAUGUUAAUCCACUGUAUGAAGACCCUAGAGAUGUUAUAGAUAAGCCAUUAAAACCACCAAGAAAACGCAACUUUCAUGCAGUUGCUGUUUCUUCGCCAAGAUCAAAAGAUAAAUCAAGUAAGGACCACAAAAGAAAACUCACAAAGAAAUAUGAAGGUCUGGUUACAGCUUUAAUGGAUAAGUGUGAGGAAAAUUUAAUUUUGAUAUCAGAAAAAGACACCCAAAUAUCAAAGCUGAAAGAAAAAUUGAAAGCGAUAUUAAGUUACAACAGACUGUUUGCAGAUGAAAAUGAUAGAUUAAAAGGAGAAAAUGAAGAAUUAGUAAAAUAUAUAGAGGAGUGCAAAAGAGUUAUCAAAGAAGAGAAGGAUAGGAGUGGCAGGUGUGAAAAGAAAUGUAAGGAGUUAGAAGAGAGAGUGAAGCAAUAUCAGGUGCCAGAUAGAGAUACAGAGCCCCAAGCGAUACCUUUAGUUGAAGUAUGUAUGAGCUGCAGUAGUCGACAGAUUGUUCUGAACCAAAGUAAAGAACAUAAUACAAGGCUUCAGAAAGACUUGCAGGCAAUGAAGGAUGUACUCUAUAGAUUGAACGUGCAACUGUCGCGGUACCAAGAGAAGUUACGUACAAGUAAGACGGAUUGCAAAGACUUCAAGAGUGAGAAAUAUGAAUGCUUUGAUUCGCUUCUAACAGUUAAUUUUGGUCAGAAACAAGAUGGAGAAAAUGAUAUAAUCCAAACAAAAGCCGAGGAUGGUGCAACGAGUCGUUUUGUCGAUAUCUCAGGUUUAUUAAGUGCACAGGCACUAGCGCCGCUGUUCGAUGCUUAUCAAGAAAACUUGCAAGAAAAGGAAAACUUAAUAAUGGACUACGAAAAGCAAUUUGAAAGUAUCAAUAAAAAAUCAAAAGAAAUAGUCACGGAGAACAAAUCUCUGUUAGAGAGACUCGUUAAUUUAGAAACGGAAUUGGUGGGAGUGAGACAGAACUAUAAGAAACUCGUUGUCGAGAAAGAGACGGGUGAUAUUGAGAGAGCUUCUCUUUUGGAGAGGGCUGAUAGGGCGGAGUCUAAGUUGAAAGAAGUAUACGAGUUGUACGAAGAUAAGAUGGCGGCCAUGAUGCGUGACUACGAGAUGGUACAUCGUGAGUACUUCACAGUGAAAACCGCACUCGAGGCUUCUACGGGGAAAAUGGCCCAAAUGGACGUCUUGAGAACUAGAACAGUACCUGCUGAUGUUCACGAAAGGAGAUUGGAGGAUUGCAAGAGGCUUCUAGAAGAGUUAAAGCACCAAUACAACAUGGACACAGAGAGGAAGAAUGAACAGAUAAAGAAGAUGCAAGAAGAUUUGUGCUUUGCGGAUGAGAGACAUGACAAGGUCUGUCAGCAACUUGAUACUGUGCAAGAAGAGUUAAAGGCUGCGCUGAAGAAUGUUAAAUUAUACCGUCGUGCGGCGUUAGUGUUUCGCAAACGUGCGCGCUCGGCGUGUGCGCGCGCUGUACGUGCGAAAAGGGUGCGGCGCGACAACGAGCCGCUUAAACAAGCUUUGGCAGCGCUUGACAAGAUUAAAACCGAGAUUAAGGUGGUAAAAUCUCGUGCUUACACAUCGUUAGAAGAGUUGGAACGCCGUAUUGUGUACCAAGAACGGCGAGCGACGCACGCGCAGGCCGAAUAUAAGAGGUCGCUGGAAAGGGCUUCCUUAGCUCUCCAACACAAGGAGGAGAUCAUACGAUCAUUGAUUGAUAAGGUGGCUGAUGUGGAGGAAGUAAGGUUAAGUCAGGCAAACGCCCACCGUCUACAAGGUAUCGUUUCAUCAUCAGACUCGUCCAAAAGUCAAGAACCAAAAACGAAGUUAGUUCCUGGACCGGGAGGGUAUUUCAAAGAGGAUAAGAAGAAAAAGGAAGAGACUAGAUGUAAAAGAGAAGAUAGAAGGAAAUCUUCGGAUAGUGGUAGCUAGAUGUAGUUUUUUUAGUUAAUCUGUGAAAAUCGAUUGCAAGCACUUUGCUGGGUACUUUAGAUUUAUAGUUAUGUUUACGUUGAUAUUUCUAUGGUGAUGUAAUUUGACACUGAUGAUCACGUGAAGGCGUGUCAUCAUCGGAGUAAUUUUAUAUAAGUUUUCUAUAUACUUUUGGGAGCAUAUAUAAUAAAAAUAAAAAUUGCCUUUAUUCAAAUAUUACAUAAUCAGGAUUACAUUAAGUCCAUAUCAUUAUGUUUAAGAUUAGUUCACGAACUCCUACGGAGUGAAGGUCUGCUCCAAACUCUUCCACUUGUCCUUCAUCUUCGUCACCAUUUUCCAAUCCUUCCACGUUAUUCCUUUUAUUCCAUCUUCCCAGGUUUCUGGGGGGGGCUUACUCUUUUCCACUGUCAGUCUAUUUUUGAACUGAUAGAAUCCUCAAGUAUUUCCAAACGCAAUUUUUGGAGAUUUUCGUAACGUUUUUUUGUGCCCUAGUAAAACAUUACGUGAUCACCACGUGACCAUUUUCACCUCAAAGUCGCUUUAUUAUUGUGUUGUGUUCAUCGCGUUAAUAUUACAAAAAAUUUAAAGGCCGGCAACGCCCUUGCGAGCUUUCUGGCAAUGUCCAUGUGUGGCGGUAUUACCCAACAUUAGGUUAGCCUCCUAUUACAUAAUAAAACAAUGCCACAACUCGCAAUUCUAUUUGAAAAUUCAAUUAUAUAAUGUAACAAAUUCGCGUUUUACUGGUCAAAUCUUAAUUACAUAAUUAUAAGAAUAGUUGAACUGAAAAUUAUAUAGUAUAUUGUUUAUUGUAUAGUAUAACUUAUUCAUAAACGCACUAGCUUCGUUUUGUUAUGUACAUAUGUUUACGAGUGUGAUAAAGACAAAAUAUUCCAUAGCAAUUUAUGGUUAAAGGUGUUUACAGCCUCUCGUACUAUGAACGUAUAAGACACGGGAGUCGUGUACAGCUUUUUAAUAUCGAAAGAAUAUUUACGUGCGUGUGUACGUUUCGUACGUAUGUAGUACGUUGCUUUACGGUGUUGAUCGGUUUGUCAAAGAUUGUCCUAGCAAUGUCAUGGUAUGACAUGGUCUGGGCCCUUUAUAGUACGUUUAUGAAUAUUUAAAUUAGUACUCGAAACUAGUCAAAAGUAUUAUUGAAUGUGAAAUUUUGUGGUAUUAAAAUAUGAUUUUUUUUUUGC